AAUUAAGAGGGGCAAUCAGUCGACAUUGCGAGUAGGCAAUGGAAACGGAGGUGGAGGAGAGUGGUGGUGGGAAUGCAGUUAAGGGAAUCCGCACUCACUGGUGGUGGGCCCUGGCAAGCACAGCCCAAUUAGGAUGGGGUAUAUCAUCUUUCAGAAAAGGCUACGCCGGCGAUUCUCGUCUCAUGCCCGCUAAAGCGUUCGGUGUCGCCGCCUUGUUUGUCGGUUCCGCCGCCUCCGCCUCCAUCGCUUUUCUUCGGGCCUCUGGCAUUCACAAGGUGGAAGACCUAAUGGAAGUGGGUGCAAAUAUAAGAACAGGACUUGGUGUCCGUCCUAGAACAAGUGCCCAGAAGACAGAUGAUCUGUGAGAAGCGAAGAGACUGGAGUUUGUAGCAGCUUUGGCAUAAUUUUGAUAGUUGAUGCUCUUUUAAUGAACACAAUCUGUUGUUAAUUCAGUGGUUUGUUAUAAUAAAUCUUAGUAAUUUUGGUGAUUAAAAAGUACUAUGUAUUCUUCUUUAACAUAUAGUUAAUAGUAAUGCAUCUAUUGAGUACA